AGACGGGCUACCUGUGUAUAGACUUCCAGAUUGUGUUGCUUGUUUCGCUUGUGUCGUUAUUUGUGUGUUGCUUCGUUAUUUGUGCAUCGGUCUAUCAUCCAAUAAAAUGGGCCAAGAACAGAGUACUUCUCAAACAGGAGCUAGCAGUUCACCUUCUGAUAUUCCAUACACAAGCUACUCUGUGGAGAAGACGAAUAUAAAGAGCAAGACGUUAAAAAACAAAUCAACUUUAGAUGACAUCUACGUUGUGAGCGAAGGACAAAGACCUCAUCAGAACAUCGACGAAGACUUAAAAAAUCUUCAAUUGCUUCAGCAUUGUAAACCUGUCUUGCGUGCUUCAGUACAAGCAAGUACACCYAAGGAGUUUGAGAGUCUCGAAAGAUUUGAUUUAACGCCUCUUUUAAAGUUGUGUACAAGAUACGAAGAUCAUCUGAGGCAGUGCGCUGAGGCUGUCUCAUUCGAUCAAGACAUGCUUUCAUCACGAAUCAAAGAAGUUGACGUUAACUGUGCUGCCGUAAUGAGUGCCGUCAGCGACAGAUACCGAAGGCUAGUUCACGUGUCGGCGCAUUUGAAGAAAGUCCAAGAAAUGAGCCAAACAUUAAGGAGGCUAGAUUUCAAUAUUAAGAGAAUAAUUCCAAUGAUGGAUAGACUGAAUAACUUGCUUCCUGAAGAUGAAAAACUAGAGCCUUUUAACUAUCAACCUACAUAUGAUAUACAAUCAGCAUCAUCUUUCAAUGACAAAUUAUAAGAAAAAAGUUUUUACAGAUUGGCAGCUUCAUGCAAUAAGCUAUUUAUAAGUUAUAGUCUAKAGGAUAUUACAUGGGCGCGUGGAGAUACGGAUUUUAUCUUUGAGUGUUGAAAAGAUCUCUCACGAGUGAACGUUGUUUAUCAUAUGUUGAUGAUUUUGAUUUUGAUGGAUUAGCUCAUCGUAUCGAUGAAUGCUUGUUUCUAUUUCCAUUUAAUGUUUGUGCCUGCGAUGGCUUAACAGUCCAAUGCGUGAGGCACAGAUGCGCCCACAGUUAUCACAGGCAAAUUGAUUCGAUGACGGCUGCUGGUUUKYAGCAUGGCGGUGACGACGCAGUUCAGAAAGUCUUGAGGUUCGAGUUGCAUCAAAGAUCUUUUGCCCAUUGUUGCAGCUGGCACACCAUAAAGGACGAUCAUUUGCCAAAGACUCAAAAGAUGAGGGGGCCAUUUUGUAUCCUUUGAGUGUGGCUUUAAGGACAUCUUUGUACAGCUUGCGCUGCCCACCUUUCUUCCUUUUCCCUGAUUUGAGCUCACCAAAUAGCAGUGCCUUUGGAAUUCUUUAAGGGCCCAUGUUCACCACAAGUCCGUCCCAUCGAAGUUGUGCACGAUUGACAAUUGAUUCCACACUUUCACAAUUUCACUCUUGGGUAUUCUGUAUCUCCAGGUCAUGUUGCAGAUCUUUCGAAGGCAGUGUUGAUGGAACUGCUCUAGUGCUUUGAUAUGGCACCGAUACUGCGUCCACAACUCAGAACCCUAUAGAAGUGUACUCAUUACAACAGUUUUGUACACMUGGAUUUUUGUGCACAGUCGUAUACCAUUGUUGGACCAGAGACAAUGCUGUAAGCAGCCAUAUGCACACCAGUGUUUUAGUUUUGUUUUGUCGAUAGAGCAUUUUCAAAGAUUAGCAAUUUCCGGUCCAGAUACACAAAAAGAYGGACCCACGGUCUGGAUACGCGAUUUCACGGACCAGUUUUCAGCCAAUCAGAGUGUGUGUACUAUUUACGUCAUAUAAUAAAAACACAUAAUAAGAAAUUAAGCUAAUUAAUUAAAGUGCACGCCAAAAAGCUGUGAAACAAUUCUUAACAAUCAACAGCUAAAUAAGAUUCAGUUAUCAACUAACAAUUCACUGGUGCAUGGGCACAAUGCCAGAAAGGAAGUUGUUUUGUUUAUGCCUAAAAGAAUUCUUAUUCAGUUUAUAACUAAGUAUUAUUAGGCGCUAAUUAGUUAAGAAUUGUUUCACAAUUAUGUAGCAUGCACUCUAAGAUUUAUACCCAACAUUCAUCGUUGUCUAAUAGAUAGUUUGAGUAACCAUGUACAGAAUUGCAGAUGAUGCCUUUGGGAAACAAUGGAUAAUCUUAAUAAUAAUAAUAAUGGAUAAUUUAUUCUUUUAUUUCCCCUGAGCCUCCUCUACAAUUCUUUUGUACAUGGUUACUAGACCAAAACAUCUAAAAAGUGAAAAAAGGCAGGGCUGUCAACCCCGGGCAAUUUAAAAUCUUGAGAUUGAUAAAUCUGUCUUUUGUUUUAGAUUUUUGAAUCAAACAGUAUUUGCCUAUACAUGUUAUAUUAUUAUAUUAUAGCAUUACUCAGAGGCUUUUUUAUUUAGCACUGACAAUCUUUUGGAACUGAAAUACUGUCUCAACAUUUGUUUCAAAUUUUCCCAUGCUCCCUUUCAGUCUAAGCUUUGACAAUGUAAUCUUUUGSAACCCAACUACAUGAUUGGGUAAAUUAUUGUUGCUGUGAUUACAUGCACAUUCAUUAUUUUGUUACCUUGUAAAUUCAUUAUACUAGAGUGAAGUCAUUAAACAUGUGAACAAAACGUUUGAUACAAUUAGACACAAAAUAAAACAAAAUGUGUUCUAUUUGUGUUUUAUCUCUUUCACAUGUUUUUUAACUUCACACAAAUAGCCCAGUCCUGGCCUUUCGACUCACUCCAGGAAUCACGGGGACCUCAGCUUAACGAAGCGGACAGAAAGGGAGUUCAGGACUGGACCAACAAAAAGUUUAAACAUUAAUAAGACUUAGUUUGAGUAYCAGUAUCAAAGGGAAUUGGGGCAAAGCAACACUAUACCCCACUGUCCCAGAGAACUUGUGGUUUUGCACCAAAGUGAUGCAGAAACCAAGAAAAUAGACCUUUGAGAUGGCUUUGCAAUGUUUUGAAAAUAAUUUUUGUUGUCAGAAAGUCAUGAUUUUGAUAUAAUUUUUCAUCAUUUGUGAUAUUUCCUAUAUACAUGUACAUGAAACAUUUUGUAAAUAAUUGCAACUAGAAGGCAAAAGGUUUUAUGCUACAAAAAGAUUCUUUUGAUUUGAUGAACUUCAACUUCCUAAAAACAAAAUUAGCUUAAAUUUAAUUCAAUAGACUAAGAAUAAUUUUGUUCUAUAAACAUUUAUUGACAUCAGUAAUAAAUUAUCACAUGUACAAAAUAGUCUACCUAUAAAUAUCCAAUACUUAGAGUCAAAUGUCACUGAAUAAGAUCAUUACAUACCAUGUCAUAUAUUUUGCAAUCAUCACGAUGAAGCAAUCAUGGCUAUUUCAAAAGUGGUUGUCAAGACAUUAGGAGGAUGCACAACCAAGUGUUAAAGUAGGCAAAUAUAGUCUACUGAAUGAAAAUCUUUGAUUAAGUUUCAAUCAUCUUUCUGCUUUAAUGACCUUAAAGUUUUCCUAAAUAGCUAUAAUUAUGAUAUUCAAUAAACUAAAAAAUACUUUCAGGUUUGAAAUACAUAUCAGUACAAGUUUGGAAUGAGAUGAAGUUCUAAUAAAUUAAUAUAAUACACAAUAUAAAAAGGGCUAUAUAAAUGAGUGCAAAUAUUCAAAUAUUUGAUACUUUUCCUGRAGUUACAAGUAUUUUGUUGAUCACUCAAUAAAAACCAAUUGCACUUUUAAAUCAUUGUUGGGGUCGCAUAAGUGAGAGUUACUGCUGUCAUCUUAUCCAGAGUAUAUUAAAAGAACCAUAACUUUACAUUCAAAUAACUUCACUUUGAAGACCAGAGCCUAGAUUUUAACCCUUGACACUUAGUUAUUACUUUCAAUCACUCACAUGUGCUUAUUGUAUGGUCAUGUUGCAAAUAGAUCAAUUAAAUAUUAUUGGACUAAAAUGCAGUUGAGUAGCUAAUAUGCAGUGAUAGUCCAAAAGAGUAACUUACAGUACUUUUAGACUAUCAACUCAUAGUUAACGAUACAGAGACUGAUUGCUUUUAAUAGUAUYCACCAAACUAUCCUGCAGGUGACUCAAAUACAUGUAUAUCAACAUGGGCAGGGAUAAUUUGCAUCUAUUGUUUAGGGGUACAAAAACAAGGAUCUGGUAACUUUUAGGGAAUUUUUAAGUCUUUUGGCACAGCAGUAUCUAGGGUAGAUUAAUGUUUGAGAUGUGAGAAUAAAAAACAAUCCUUA